CUCACUGCUGUCAAUUACAUCCAAAACACUAUUUCUUCUGUUUACUGUAAACUUUUGGUGUAAUUUACCACACUUUACAAUGAAUCAAAAAGUGUCCACCAUUAACGACCCUGAGUUACAGGCCAAAGUGAAGAAAACGACUGAAAAAAUAUCCGAGAAUAUGCACAUCAUCGCUAAUGAGCCAAGUCUAGCGUUCUACCGCAUCCAGGAACACGUCCGAAAGGUAAUUCCACUCAUAGUAGACCGCCGGGCGGAAGUGGUUCAGUUACAGCAGGAUCUGCAGGGCAAGUGUUACGACAUGGAGUAUGCAAUAAGCGCCGUAAAAGAUAUCGAAGCAGCAGAUACAUCGUUGAAAAACGUUCAAGAGCUACUGAAAAAUGCUAUAUUUCUCAAGCAGCAGCUUAAGUACGUGGAAUCCAGACGACCUAAGAAAGAUACCAACAGUUCCGUGUACAAGCGACUUUCGGCCCACAUAACGCUCGAUUUGCCCGAUCUAACCGACAUAUCCGGUGUGGUGCGAGAAACGACCAAUCGGGUAGAGCACAUGAUGUCACAGGCACGAAAUUCAAACAGCAGUAUAAAUAACAACCCUCCCGGAGCCACGAAUUCGUCCUCAGGACCAGCGGAACUGCAACGAUCGUACACGACACUUCAUUAA